UACUCAGUAUCGCGAGAUUUCAUACCACGUACGUAACGACGUAGCCUCCUUACGUGCCGCCGUGCGUCUGCGCCGCCGCCAUCUUAGUCCGGUCAGUUUAGUGGAAAUAAACCACAACAACACACAGGGUCAAACAUGCCCGAGUCGUGCGCCGCGUGGGGCUGUAAGAACCGGCGCACGGUCCAGUCCCGGUCCCGGGGGAUCACCUUCCACAAGUUCCCCAAAGACAAGAAGCUGCGCAGGCAGUGGGAGGUGGCCCUGCGGAGGAGGGGCUUCAGCGCCAGCAGGUCUUCGGUUCUGUGCAGUGACCACUUCAGACCGGAGGACUUCGACAGAACCGGUCAGACGGUCCGGCUCAGAGACCGGGUCCGGCCCACGGUCUUCAGCUUCAGCACACACCUGCACCGGCUGCUGAAAAACAGAACGACUGAAACCUCCAGGAGAGCAGCAGAACCCCCUGGUCCAGACCGCCUCAGACCCACAGAACCCACAGAACCCACACAGAACCAUGACCACUCGUACGCCCUGCCCUCGUCCCCGUCCGACCUGAAGCUCAGACUGACCGAAGCUCUGGCCCGAGUGGAGAGUUUGGAGAAAGAGGUGCGGAACGUCAAGGACAGAGAACGGAGGGCAAAGAAGGUGGUCCACGAGCUGCUGGAGGACCUGAAGAACAUACAGCCAGCACCGGCAGACGGCGGAAAGACGCCGAGCCCGUUUACAUGACCAGAAAAAUACCAUAACUGUAAAUAAUCAGAUAAUUGUAAUAAUCAGGUGUGAUGCGUUUGCAUACACUUCAGAAAUAAGAUAAUCCAUAAACCCUGGUUUAGACAUUUUAGUCUGGGGGGGGGUGGUUGUCAAACAUGAGGCCCUUGGGCCAAAACCAGUUCACCAACGACUCCAAUCCCACCCACAGGAUGAAUCUGCAAAGUGUAAAAAUGACACUGAACACAUUAACAGUCGAUGGUGUUGAACUGGUUUGAGUUCAGGUUCCACAUUCAGACCCAUAUGAUCUAAAGUCAGGUAAGAACAGAAUAAA